CAAAUAGUCCAAAAAUCUCAAGUAAAGCCCUAGGCCAGCGUAUAUAAUGAAGCAGCAGCCCUUUCUCAAGAAAACAGAUAUUUGCAAACGGCGGAGCGGAUCAGAGCCGUUCAAGAAUGUCAAAGCGAGGAAGGGGAGGUAGUGCGGGGAACAAGUUCAGGAUGUCACUGGGUUUGCCGGUGGCAGCGACGGUGAACUGCGCAGACAACACGGGAGCGAAGAACCUCUACAUCAUUUCUGUGAAAGGAAUCAAAGGUCGUCUCAACAGGCUUCCAUCGGCUUGUGUCGGCGACAUGGUCAUGGCUACCGUCAAGAAAGGAAAGCCAGAUUUGAGGAAGAAGGUGUUGCCAGCUGUCAUCGUCCGACAGCGGAAGCCUUGGCGUAGAAAGGAUGGCGUCUACAUGUACUUCGAAGAUAAUGCUGGUGUCAUUGUCAACCCCAAAGGGGAAAUGAAAGGAUCUGCUAUCACUGGCCCCAUUGGAAAGGAAUGUGCUGAUCUGUGGCCUAGAAUUGCAAGUGCUGCCAAUGCUAUUGUUUGAAAGAUUUUCACGGUUUUUGUUUGACAUUGUAGUUUUAAUGUCAUCUUUCUAUUACUUAUAACAUGUUUCUGAGAGGUUUUGGCGAAACGGUAGUGACCCUGUAAACUUAUUUUCUUAUAUCUAGUUGUCUAAAAACUCAUUUUUAAUUA